AUGACACUCAAACCGCUUACAGCAGGCCAAUGGCUGUUAACCGGGUUCCUUCACAGUCAUUACGUCAACGCCGGCGUUACCACGCGGCACGAGUUUACACCAAAUCCGCGAAGGGAUACUACCGCCGCGACCACUAUCCCAAUGGCCAACACUCCCGACUCAGAGGAUGACAGCAGCGUGGGCGGGAGCGAUAGUAGCGUCAGUGACGAUGAUAUCAGCGAUAAGAAAUACAUUGACCAAGGUGUGGAAGGCGGAACGCGCCGUCGGUGGGCGCCUUUAGAGGAACAGCGUCUGUUGGCUUACAAGGCCGAGGGGAAGCCAUGGCCAUGGAUCUCUAGAAAGUUCCCGGACCGGACACCAGGUGCUGUGCGCGUCCGUUGGCACAUGUUACAUCGGUUGCAGGAAGGAAAGAACGAACGAGGCAACGGACCCACCUAG